CCUCAGUUCAAAACUGGCAUGGAUCAUUUCUCUCAGGAUCCUAAUGUCACGGUGAUGCACACUGACUUGGACCAUCUGGAGAGUGAGGAGGAAGAUGGAGAAGUGAUUGAACUAGCAGAUGAAAUGAUUGAGGACAUUGGCAUGGGAGGUGAGGACAGAACAACUGGAAAGCAGACAUUUGGCAACCAGUUUGCACCUGAUUUACCACAGAAAGCAAUACUGGCCCCAGUCAUGCAUGUUACACUGGGAGAAAGGGGCACAAAGUUUGUGGAUAAUGCUUGUGAUGCAGAACCUAAAGAAAUGGACAUUCCAAACAAAGUUCUUGAUAAAGAGAGAGAGAAGGAGCUGGAACAAGUGGGCUUCAGAUUGUCUGAAUUACAGGCUGUGCUGGAGCCAUCUGUGGCAAGUGAACACCAGCCUUACACUGCACUACAAACUCAAAACAUACCACAAAGCCCUGAACUGUUCUCAGUAGUUACCAGGGAACAAAAAGGACAACCAUGUUCAUCUACUCUAGAGCAUCAAUCUCACGUGGAAAUGGCAGGACCUGUAGAAAAACAAGUUGAUGAAAAUUUAGCAAUCCUGUGUAAAAACACAAAAACAAAAGUUUCAAUAAAGAUAGAGGAUACGCCAAAGGAAGAUUCUGAGGAGGAGGAACAGUGUGCAGAGGAAACAGCUGAGCAGGAAGCAGUGGCAUCCUCUGAGAAGGUGGUUCACCUGAAGCAGAUGCCCCCAGGUGUGAUGCAGGAAGAGGAAGUGAAGCCUUCAAAGAGAUGUCCAAAAGUUCACAGUCCUGAUUCUACAGACUGGGAGAUCUUCCUCUAUGUAAAGGUACCCACACAUGUCAAUAAGUAA